CCGAUUCUCACCGCCGUUCCGAGCGACCGUGUGAACGUGUUCGCGUGCGGAACUGGAGAGUACGGUGAACUCGGUCUCGGUCCGUCGCCAAAGGCAAAGACUGUGGGAAGGCCUAGAUUGAAUGCGCUGCUACCAAUCGACUCCGUUGGCGUCGUCGCUGUCGCUUACGGUGGCAUGCACGGAAUGGUCUUGACCCAUGACGGCAAGGUCUACACGUGGGGAGUGAACGACUUGGGUGCUCUGGGCAGAAUCACCAAGGCGAAAGACGAGAAACUCAAGGAUGCCGAUGCCGACUCCAUCGAUAGUGACGAUGAAGAUGAGGUACCACUCAACGAGGACGAGAGUACGCCAAAGAUGGUCGAGUUUCCCGAGGGAACUGUCAUCACGAGGAUUGCCGCUGGAGACAGUCUUUCGCUCGCGGUCACCAACACGGGUCAAGUGUAUGGUUGGGGUACCUUCAGGUCUAACGACGGUGUUUUGGGCUUCUCCGAACAUGUCCGCAUCCAGCAGACUCCCGCGCUCGUCGACAAUCUCAAGAACAUCAUCAAUGUUGUUUGCGGCAACGACCAUGCUCUCGCUCUCGAUGUCAAGGGCAAGGCUUGGGCGUGGGGCAACGGACAACAGAACCAGCUCGGUCGUCGUGUCGUUGAGCGCACGCGCAUGAACGGUCUUAGGCCCCGCGAGCUCGGUAUCCCCCGCAAGAAGGUCAAGUCGAUCCACUCUGGUUCGUUCCACUCCUUCGCCAUCACGACCGAUGGUUUGGUCUAUUCUUGGGGCUUGAAUUCGUUCGCCCAGUGCGGUAUCUACGAGGAGGCCAAGGACGACACGACGACUCUGGUUGUUCCUGUCCCGACGCGCGUGCGUGCCCUCGACGACAAGGAUGUCAUCCAGGUAGAGGGAGGUGACCGUCACUCGAUCGCUCUCACCAGCAAGGGAGAGCUUCUGGCCUGGGGACGCAUGGAUGCUCACCAGGUCGGAAUCGACCACGAGAAGCUCCCCGUCGAGGAUGUCAUCCUUGACGUUUCCGGAAAGCCCCGCUGCCUCAUCGUCCCACACAAGGUCUGCGAUGGAGUCUUUGACUUCAUCGCGUCCGGGUCCAACCACAGCAUCGCUCUCGCCAGGGAGGAUGGCUCGGCGUACUCGUGGGGCUUUGGGGACCUCUUCCAGUGCGGGCAGGGGCCCAGCGGGGUGGAUGUCGCCGUCCCGACCAAGAUCGAGAACACCGCUACCAAAGGUGUUCGCAUGACUGGCGCCGCUUGCGGUGGCCAAGUCACGGUCCUUGCUGGUCUUCCUGCUCCUUCCUCUGGGGCGCCGAACGGUGUUUAA